AUGGCCAAUGGUGAUUCUCAGAGCGUUAAUGGUGCUCUACUCAGUGUUGAUUCUCAACAUCUCAAUAAUGAUAUAAUGAAACAAUCAUCAGCAUCAUUAUUAGCUAAACCAACACCUAACAAUGUUAAAUGGACACUACGAAGUACUCUAUCAAAUGCCAGUCUAACUCGAUAUCGAUCACCUUUUCGUCGAAAUAGAAUGAAUACUGGAUCUAUUAAUUCACAAUAUUCAUCUACAUCUUCAUUUCCAUUAUUUCGUCAUUUUUAUCUUAUGCGAAACUCAUUUUCAAGACGACGAGCACAAGAGUUACCUAGUAAAAGUAAUGGCUCAGAUGCAUUAGCAUCUUCUAAAAAGAAAACCAAAAAAAUUCCUUCAUCAUCACGUAUUGAAAUUAGUCAUGUACUUACCACAAUUUUCAUUACACUUGUAAGUGCUUGUCUUCUCAUAUUUAUGAUUUUUCUGGAUUUGGCAUACUUAAAUGAUGCUAUAACAACCCCUAUUAAUCAACAAAUGAUUAGUGCUAGUACCAAAAAUAGUACUACACUAUGCUUUCGUCAUCCAAAAGUAUGCGUAAUGAAAGGUUUAGUUAUAAUUAUAUUCAUUUGUAUAACUGUAACAUUAUGUUAUACCAUUUUAACGUUAUAUAUACGUGCAAGACGUCAUUCACGUUUAUUAGAACGUAAAACAGAUGAAUUAGAAAAAGAAAAAUGUUUGACAGAAAAAUUACUUCAUGAAAUAUUACCGCCAUGUGUUGCAAAAGAUUUAAUUAAUGGACGAAAAGCACCUGCAGAAUAUUACGAGUCAGUAACUGUUUAUUUUUCGGAUAUUGUUGGCUUUACUAUAAUAGCAAGUAUGUGCUCACCAACUGAGACUUGUGAUAUGUUAAAUCGUCUUUAUUCUAUAUUUGACUCUCUAUUGGAAAAUUUCGAUGUUUAUAAAGUGGAAACAAUUGGAGAUGCUUAUAUGGUUGUGUCAGGAGCACCUAAAAGAAAUGGUGAUAAACAUCCCAAUGAAAUUGCUAACAUGUCAUUAGCUUUGCUUCGUUGUAAACAACAAGUUCGUGUACCUCGAUCAUCUGCUCAACUUCAAUUACGCAUUGGAAUUCACACAGGAUCGGUAUGUGCUGCUGUGAUUGGAUCAAAAAUGCCUCGAUAUUGUAUGUUUGGUGAUACUGUAAAUGUAGCUAGUCGAAUGGAAUCAAGUGGACUACCUGAAAGAAUUCAUUUAAGUAGUGAUACAUACAAACGAUUAAUUAAUCGAGAUCAAUAUAUAUUUGAAGAUAGAGGAGAAAUUGAAAUUAAAGGUAAAGGUCGAAUGGGUACCUAUUUUCUCUUGGAUAAAAAACCAAUUCAACAUGUAACAAAAUCACGUUCAAAUACGUUAACUAAGACAGAACGCGAAAUUCAAUAA